GAGAGGAGGAGGAGGAGACCGGGAGGAGAGGGCCGCUGCUGGGGCUCCGGCAGCCGGACAGCCGGGGAGCACGGAGGCUAUUAGCUCGGAUGCUAACUGGGAUGCUAGCUGGGAUGCUAACUGGGAUGCUAGCGGGAGCUGUGAGUGUGUCUGUGUGUCUGGUUUCCCGCAGAAGAAGCGUGAAAGUGCGUGAAGUCAGACGUUCACGUUCACCUGCUGCCCGAAGCAGCCGUUCACCUUAAAAACACCUCCGACUGGAACUUUAUCCGGCUCGGAAAGGUUCCGCCUCUCUUCACUUCCGGUUUUGAACAAAACUUUAUGCAACAGUUUCGGACGAACCAAGUUCAGCUUCAUCACCGACGUGAGGAAGAGUCAAGAGAGGAAACGAGGAGGAAGGAAAGGAGCUGAGAACAUCACAGAGGAGACAGAUAGUGAUGGAGGAGCAGCAGGAUUAUCUCCAUCUAUAUUUAUAUUGUUAGUUAUUAAACCUGAUAACAGUUUAAAUGAAACUUUAGUUUAACAGAACAGACGGUGAUCUGAAUCAGAAGGAUGCAGACGUCCAGCCGGAGGAGACAGAACUCAGCUCUGCAUGCAGCGACCUUCAUGUGCAGCCGGGCGGUCCGUUCUGCAGAGGAGGAGUCGGUUCUGUCGAAGCCUCGUUUCCAUCUGGACCUCUGGCUCGGCUUCACCGUCCACAGCUGGAUCCUGGAUGUGGGCCGGCCCGUUGUCACGCUCUUCUUUCCAGCAGACUGGUUUCCUCUGAACCGACCCGGAGCUGCAGAAUAUCUUCACAUCCUGUCCAACAUCAGCACCCCACUGCUGCUGCUCAGAAUGCUUGAACACAGCCCCAGGACGUUGCCACGCACCGCCGUCCACCUCGGCAUCAUAGCCGUCGUCAUGGGAACCAGCCUCCACCUGGUGGCUGACUCCAUCACCCGGCGCCUCCUGCUGAUUGGCUACCAGCUUCACCUGUCUGUCAGAGAGGAUCCGGCCAUGAGGAGCCUCCAGCCCUCCUCACUGAUCGAUGCCUUUGAGCUUCUGUGUUACUAUGACGACACUCUCGGUCAUCUGAUGUGGUCCGUCCCUCUCUUCCUCGUCCUCUUCCUCUUCUUCUCCGGUUGUUUCAGUCAGAGGAGUCAGGAGGAGAAGAUGCCGGCGGCGGCGUGGAUGCUGCUCCUCCCCACCGCCGCCUACUACUGGUUCCUGAUCACCGAGGGUCAGACCUUCAUCCUCUUCAUCUUCACCUUCUUUGCCAUGACGGCCAUGGUGAUGCACCAGAGGAGGAGGAGCCUGGUUCCCGACGGCAACGGCCUCUUCAUGCUCUACAGUUUCUCUGCAGCUCUGUUCCUGGUGGCGGUCUGGGUGGCGUGUUUGUGGAGCGACGGCGUCCUCAGGAGGAAACAUCCAGGACUCAUCUACAUCCCACAACCUCGAGAGGUUUACACGCUCCACCUCCGUCAGGACCAGAAAGACAACUCUGGUUCUGAAAAGUGA